AUGCACAAACUGAAUCAGGAAGCCGAGGGGGAAGUGACUCGUUGCAUUGCUAAUAACAGCGCUGUGGUGUUUGCAGGCAGGGAUGGUAUUCCGACGAAGAUUCAAACCCUUCAACGAGAGAUAAACAUGCUCCAGAAAAAGCAAAAUCACCUUGUAGCUGCCGUAGCCACACAACAGUACCCUCUACCCCAACAUGCUCCACUAAACAAAGGGGCUGACAACAAUGAGGUAUGUAAGGUAUUGCAACACGGGAAAGCAGGGAUGGGAGCGUCUUCGUCUCCCACAGUGGUUGUUGUCAAGAAAGAAGGCGUGUCAUAUGCAAACAAGAAACAUGUAUCCUUUGCAUCAAAUGGUCAGAGGGCCACAAAGGAGGUGAGUCCCAGAUCUGUUUUACAAAAUUUUAGACCUGAAGGACGUCUUACCACGACAGUUCAUGAAAAUUUAAAGCAUCAAGUCGCGCUCGAUUUGUCAACUUCGUUACCACAGGCGUCAGAAGCACAGACGACCACGAAUGAUUCUGUUUUCAUGACAGAGGUCUAUACAUGA